CAUUAUAUAAUUAGAAUAUAAGAAGUGAAACUAACAGUUCAGUAACCGAAGUACAUAAAAGGACUAUAAGUUCACUUAUAACUAUGACGUGAGGCCUGAAUCCUUUUAGGGUGUAAAGAGAAAGAUCACAUGAUGAAGAGAGACAGGGCACAAGAUGUUUCUAGAAUCUCACACAAGGUUAACUUGCUAAUGAUAUAAAACUAAUAUUAUAGUUUAACCAUACAUAUUUUGGUCCAGUGUCCCGUCGUGAAGCAUGUCAAAACCCAAUAGAAAGCCAUAAAACUUUAAAAUGCACACAAACAUCAGCUGCCUCUGUCUGUCACACAGCCGCUAGCCAUGUAACGACGCUCGGCUCAUCGUUGCCACGUCUGGGAUUGGGAUAUUUUUACACUUGUACUAUGAUUACACUAUAUUUGGGAUGAUUUUGUUGCGCAGACCUGGAAACCCUCCACUCCAAAACCCCUUUCAUGCACUUCGAAGUGUGUAGCCCCUGAAUUGGGACACAGCUAAUAUAAUGUAACACCGGUCUCUUUCAACAGUGGUGCAGAAGAUACUGACAACAUCAAAAGACAAGGAUAAUGGGACAGAGAACGAUCGUCCUUAUUGGAAAAACGGGAGAUGGCAAAAGCAGUGCUGGGAAUACAAUUCUCGGAAAAGAAGUAUUCAUCGCUAAAGCUUCAGCUUGUGCUGUUACAUCUAAAUCUGUAAGAAGAGAGGGUUUGGUUCAUGGAAGAAAGAUCACAGUUAUUGACACACCUGGAUUCUUUGACACAGAUCGUGAUGAUAAGGAGAUGAAAUCUGAGAUUGUUAAUUCUCUGAUUGAAUGCGCUCCUGCUGUUCAUGCCUUUUGCUUUGUUCUAAAGGUCGGAAGAUACACAAAACAAGAAAAUGAGGUAGUACAACAAUUUCUGAACACAAUGAAAGGGGAACAUGUCCUGAAACACACCGUGAUCUUAUUCACUCAUGGUGAGCAACUAGAAGGUCAGUCCAUUACAAAUUUUGUAAAGGACAAUUCCAUACUACAGGAGCUUGUUGAUAAAUGUGGAGGACGUUGUCACGUCAUCGACAACAAAUACUGGAAUGACUGUGAUUCAGGGUACAAGAGCAACAGCGUUCAGGUGAAAAAUCUGCUGGACACCAUCGACAAGAUGGUGAAAGAGAACGGCUGCUUCACCAAUGAGGUGCUUCAGAAGGUGGAGGAAGAUAUUCAAGAGGAGGUGAAGAAAAAUAAGGACAAUUUGCCCCUAGAAGAGAAGCGAGAAAAAGCAAAGAAAAUUGUUCAUAAAAAGUAUACGGUGCAAUUUGCAGGAUUAGCAACAGGGGCUCUGAUUGGUGCUUUUUUGGGUGUAGUUGUUCCAUUAGCUGCAGCUUUGAUUUUCUUAACAAAACUUUGCCCGAAAAAAGAACUAAUAAAAGCCAAGAUAGCUCCUGCAGCCACAGGAGCAGCGAUCGCAGGAGGAGCAGCGAUCGCAGGAGGAGCAGCGAUCGCAGGAGAAGCAGCGGCCACAGGAGAAGCAGCGGCCGCAGGAGGAGCAGCGAUCGCAGGAGGAGCAGCGGCCCCAGGAGAAGCUGCUGCCGCAGGACAAGCAGCGGCCGCAGGAGGAGCAGCGAUCACAGGAGGAGCAGCGGCCCCAGGAGAAGCUGCUGCCGCAGGAGAAGCAGCGGCCGCAGGAGAAGCUGCUGGAGGUUCCGGAGCAGGUGCAGGGGUUGGUACAGGUGUGGCAAUUGCUGGAGGUGUUCUUGGAGUUGCAGCUUUUGCAGGAGCUGUUGGAGGAGGAGUCGCUGGAUGGAAAGCUGCAGAGGAAGCUGAUUCAGUGUAUGACGCAAUGACCAAAGCUGCAAACGUUAACUAUGAGAAUACAAAAGUUGUAGUGGAGAAGAUACAAGAACUUUGUCCUCUUAUUUUUCCUACAAAGACUUCAUAA